AUGUCCCUGGGGGACUUUCUGACUGAUAGUGGUUUUGGAGGAGGGUCUUGGGCUGAUGAAGUUGAGGAAACUUAUGGCACUCAGCCUCUUCCCCCUAGCGACCGACCUCGCUUUGGAGGUGGCAGCAGUGGCAUGUCGAAUUGGCAGGAUAGAGGCUACUCCUCCAUCAGGGAGAACCUUCCUCAGAAACUUCCCGAUAAGCCCCCAUUCACUGCCCACCUUGGUAACCUUGCCUAUGACGCUACCAAUGAGACCGUCACCGAAUUCUUCGAGGGCUGCGAGAUUGUCAGCGUCCGCAUUAUUGAGGACCGCGAGAUGCAGCGCCCCAAGGGUUUCGGAUAUGUCGAGUUUGCUGAUAUCGAAGGGCUCAAGAAGGCCUUGACACUUGAUGGAGAAUCCUUUAAUGGACGAAUGAUCAAGAUUAAGAUUGCCGACCCUCCUCGUGGUGGUGACAGCCGCGGCGGCGAAUCUUCUCGCGAUCUUAGUGACUGGACUCGCAAGGGACCUCUUCCGGAUCUUCCUGGGCGUGGUGGUCGUGCUGGUUCUGACUUUGGUGGUGACCGUGAGCGUCGCCCUCCUCGUGACCCUGCCGCUGAACCCCGUGCUCCUCGUGAGAUGAACUGGGAACGACGCGGACCUCUUUCUCCUUUGCCGCCUCAGGAGGGUGGUCCUGGACCUCGUGAAGGUAGCCGAUCUCGUCCCGCUCCCGAAGGCAUGGGUGAGCGGGGCGAAUCUCACCGCGGAUCUCGUCAAGGCUCUGCCUCUUGGGGUGAGGGACGACAGGACGGUUCACGGCCUCCUCGACGAGAGCAACCCGAACGUGCUCCUACUGCUGCCGAGAAGGACUUCCAGUGGCGUUCUAGCAUGCGCCCUGAUGCUGCCAAGGCCCCAGAAGAGACUGAAACCGCUGUCUCUCCCUCCGCACCUGCACCCGCUGCCCAAGGCGGCCGCCCCCGCUUGAACCUGCAGAAGAGGACUGUCACCGAGACUGCUGAGGCUGCUCCCACUGCAUCUGGUGGCGAUUCCAAGGCUAACCCAUUCGGAGCCGCUCGACCCAUCAACACAGCGGCCCGUGAGCAAGAAAUCGAGGAGAAGCGCCAGAUUGCCAUCCGGGAGAAGCGAGAAGCCGACGAAAAGGCAAAGGAGGAGCGACGACUUGCCAAGCAGGCCGCUGCUGAGAAAGAAGAAGCUGACGCUGCUGCCGCUGCCGCUGCCGCUGCCGCCGCCGCUGCACAGGCCGAGGAAGCCAAGGAGGCAGAGCUCAAAUCUGCCGAGGACGAAGCUGGCGAGAAGGAAAACGGAGCGUCUACAGAGGAAAAGGGAGCGCCGCGAAGCCGGGAGCCCCGGGAGCCUCGGGAACCCAAAGAAUCUAUCAAGUCAAGGGCCACUGAGUCUGGAAACUGGAGGUCGGCCUCCAAUGAUCAGCGCGUCCCCCGCGGACCCCCAGGUGGUGGUCGGGGCCGUGGCGGUGCGGCACGAGGACACCGCAAUGAAGGCCGAGGAGGACCCCGUGCCAACGGAGCACGAGACCAGCAAGCUUCUGCUGCCCAGGGGGCAGACGAGGGCGAGACCACCCCAGUGGACGAGGAUGGAUGGACAACUGUGCCGAACAAAAAGGGACGUCAGGGACGCCCGCUGGCGUAA